AUGUUUCGGGCCUCACUCCGGUCUGUAUCAGACCCCCUCCGCGACCAUGUCUGCUUUUCCUGCUUAGCGCGCCGAUUCGCCGCGCCGACGAAUCUGCGCCGAUUUCACCGCGUACCUGCGCUCCGAGCCCAGUUUAGCAGUGAGAAUGGAGGAAGUAGUGCAACCGACACGUCGGCUGUGCCGUCAAUGGCCCACUGGGAGCAAGAUUCGUCCAGCAAGAAGACCCCGGAGCAAGUCGAGCAAGCAAAUCACGAAUUUGGCGAUGAACUUCUACCCGAUACUUUGCCAUCAGAUGCCGCGCAGCCUCAACACCAACAGGCUGAGGCGAGGCGAGCGAGGCGUACAUUAAGACAACGCGAGAAAAGGCGAUCAAAGGAAAAUGAAAAACCGGAUGAAGGAGAGACCAAAGGCGGAGGAGAACCCACGAGUAAACGCAAGGCCGCGAUUCAAAAAGUGAAUCAAAUCCUCGAUGAGAAGACCUCGCCAAAGAAGGGACCGCGUGGACCAAAGGGUAAACUCUCCCACGUCGCAAACUUCAUCAAUGAGAAGCACACGGGAGUGGUUGACUCUGAGAGCGAUAAACUCAAAGCUUUGGAUAUCCCCAUGGCCCCUGUGCCUGGUUUGUCAUUUGGCCUGGAUCGGGUCUUGUUCAAUCCUGGUGUAUACCAACUAAGAGACCCUCGAUCGCGUGUCUACAAUUUCGAUCCUUACCUGGGCCAAAUUAUGCCUGUCACGGAAUUCGACUUCAACGCGUUAAAGGAAUACAUCACUUCAUCGAAAGAUGAUACGCUCCGCAGUCACGCUAUCAAACAAAAGAAGAAGUACAGCGGAUCAUCUUCGAGCAUGACGUCCGUUCUGUCCCAAUUCCAUUACCUUCUUUCAAGUUGGCGGGGUAUCGACACCCGCACAUUGUCCCAGGGCUUCCCAGACAAGCUUCGGUCCUUCACCCGACUCCUUCGAUCGCCAGCUGCCAUGUUCUUGCACUACCAAGACGGAGUCUACGCUAUUGAUGCGGACAAGGAAUUCGAUUCAGCCAACAUUCUUAUGAACCUGGGAAAGUCAAUGGAGAAGCUCCUUACCAUGCCCAAGGAGGACUUUGAGCGCUACAGACGGUCAAGCGAGAACAAGAUCUCGCCCGAAGAAGAGCAAGCCAUUCCAGAAUCCUACCAUUACUCCACUUAUGGAGAUUUCAUCAUGCGAUCUCAAUUGGAUGCUUAUGAUCCUCGUCUGCCUGGAACCGGCAUGUUUGACCUGAAGACUCGCGCUGUUGUUUCAAUCCGCAUGGAUGCCAAGAACUUCGAGCACGGCCUUGGAUACGAGAUCAAGACCCGUUUCGGCGAUUUUGAGUCCUACGAACGCGAGUUCUACGACAUGAUCCGCGCGGCUUUCCUCAAGUAUUCUCUUCAGGUCCGCAUUGGCCGCAUGGACGGGAUCUUCGUUGCGUUCCACAAUGUUGAGCGCAUCUUUGGAUUCCAGUAUGUCAGUCUGCCUGAGAUGGAUCAGACGCUGCACGGAACAUCAAACACUGCGCUGGGUGACAAGGAAUUUGAGCUCAGCCUGGGGCUGUGGAAUCAAAUUUUGGACAAAGCAACGGAGAAGUACCCCGAACGGUCGCUGCGGUUCCACUUUGAGACCCGUGAUGCCGUGACCCCAUUCAUGUACAUCUUUGUCGAGCCCGUCACGAAGGAGGAAAUCCACGCCAUUCAAAACUCCAAGAAAGCCGAGAUCGACGCCUACCAGCAGCGCCUCCUGAAUCUCAAGCCAAGCGAAGAUGACAGCGAUCUCGAUGCCCCUCAAGUCGAAGUGACAACAGAGCCAUCUGAUGCUGAGGCCGAGGAAGAGGACUCUGCAGCAAAGGGCGAACUUCUUGCUAUGGCGUUGACAAUCCGGAACAAGGUCAAUGGCGAGUAUGUCGACCGACCUACAGAAGGAUUCAAUACCGACGACAAGUGGGAGGUUGAGUACGAACUGAGCGAGUUGUCGCCUGCACAGGGCCAUGUUCUCUACAAGAUGUGCAAAACUCGUCGGAUGAGGGGUCUUGAGGGCCGAGGUGAGGACGAACUCGAGGUUGCGAGCAACGUCUAUAUCCGCCGCCUGCGACAAAUCAGCAAAGCGGGGCGCACGCACCGAGAGCGUGAGAAUCAGCUCGAUAAGGAGCUUGGCAUUGUUGUCUUGGAAGACGGUGUCAAGAAUAGUGGUGCGGAGUGA